CUUAAGUUACUGAGCCAUUGCUUUGUAAGAUUGGAAGAUAUUUGAAGUGGAAGCAGCAUGAUGGCGGAAGAAGUUGAAAUGGAGCGCACUGACCGGCAGGAGAAGAAGUCAUCUAUCCACGCGUCCAAGGCUGAGCUGGUGUCCGCAGCAGAAGGCUUAGAUAUGGACGACAGGGACCCAAAUAACAUCAAUGACCAUGUCAAGGUCCUCUUCGAAGACGUAUUCGGCGAACCAGAAGGUGCACACAGUAUCGAUUGCGUCUGGCGAAACUCCUACAAAUGCUUCACGGGCGGCAAGAGGAUCUGCUACAUCGUCCUGACCACCAUUUGUGCCCUCCCCCUCGCACUCUGCUGGGGAUGUAGCUUCGCUUGCUUGGCGUUUGAGCACAUUUGGCAAUUCGCCCCAUGCCUCAAGACACUCAACAUCAACAUCGGCUUCUUCCAGAAGAUUCUUACCAUAUUCGUCAAGUGCUGCCUGGAUCCUCUCUGCGAAUCUUGCGGCCUGAUGUUUAGCAAGAUUGCUGUUCGCAACCAGUAACUUUCAAUAAGACAAUCUAUGCGACCAGUUUAAGUCUUACCAACAGACACUCAGACGGCGUUGUCGCCGUAUACGCGCUGUCGAUCUGGCAUAGGGGAGGCUUCCAUGAGAAACGGAUGUGAUGGAAAGUCAUCUUGAACUACAUGUAUCUUUCUUUUUUUCAUUUUUAUAAGGGGCAAGUCAAACGCCAUAGUUUCGUUCCUAGUCAUCAUGCGAGUUUCCCUGUAAGAGUGACACUGUCAAAUCACGAACGCCAAGUAUCUUCUAACGUUAGUGCUUUCAGAAAAUAUUUUGAAAUGUAAAUAAUAUUAU